GAUUUCUAUUACUAUUCUAUUAUUGUUAAUUCUAUUAAAACUAUUGUUAUUAAAAUUACUUCGAAGCUUAUCGUACAGGUUCAUUGAUCGAACACUCAGAUUUACCAGGCAUCAGUUAUCGAGAGGCCGAAGAAUUUGAGGUACACUGUGAAUAUAUCCUCAGCUCCGGGAACGAAUCCCUAAAGUCCCACGGAACAUACAAACGAAAAUUUUAACUCUUUAAUAAAAGAUCGAGCUACGAUUUCGGAAACCGUUUCGUUUGUUGCACUCUGCAACAUUAUUAAAAUUUUCGUUUACCGGACAACGUUGAAAGAUGCCUAUCGAUCGAACUCCACCACAGGAAUAUAGUUGCCCUAUCUGCAAAAAGUUCGAUAACAGUCGGAUGGUCCAAUGCGACGAUUGCAACGAUUGGUUCCAUUUCGACUGUGUGGGUGUGACUGAAGAUGUUGAGAACCACGACUGGAGCUGCUCACAAUGCACGGAAGCCAAAAAAGCAGCCAAAUCCAAAGAACAAGUCUCACAUCAUGGUAAUCAACCUGCGCAGUCCAAUGAAGGUGCCGUCGAAUUGCAACAAGCAACAGGAGCCCAAAAGGGAGCGACGAAGACAACAAUGGUGAAUUUAGAUCCCAAUAGUUUGUUUGGCCCUGGACCGUCACACAGAACGAUAAAGCAGAAUGAUAGGAGAGAUGAAGGAAGUUUGUCAAUGGUGCAAGCGGAGAUACGAAUGAAAAUGCUUGAGGAGGAAAAAGCUCUCGAGCGAAAAUAUCUGCAGAGGAAAUACGAGAUUAUGAUCGAAGCCGCUGGUGGUUCUUCCGCUCUGUUAGAGCACAACGUCGUGAAUGCUGAUCCCCUCGGAGCCCCAGUAAGUCAUUCAUCUCCAAUAAACUCACAUCUACGGGCGAGUGCACCUCCGUUUCUUCCAAACCACGACGAUCAACCUGACGUAGAAGGUAACAUGAUGUUGUUGAACCGGAGCCAGAUUGCUGCACGCCAGGCCAUACCAAGGGAUCUUCCAACUUUCGAUGGAGAUCCAGAAGAAUGGCCGCUUUUCGUGGCAACUUUUGAAAGCACAACACGAGUGUGCGGUUUCAGUCAGGAGGAAAAUAUCAUCCGACUACAGAAAAGCCUACGGGGUAAAGCAAAAGAGUCGGUUAGAAGUCAGCUGCUCCAUGCCACCAAUGUUGACAACGUCAUAUCCACACUGAGGAUGCUCUUCGGUCGCCCGGAAAUAAUCAUCCAUUCAGUAAUUCGCAAAAUCCAUGCACUCCCAGCACCAAAAGUCGACAAGCUGAGUUCACUAGUGGAUUUCGCAGUAGCUGUCCGUAACAUGUGCUCCCUUGGCCGAGUGGUUAGCGUCAUAACUAACAUGCCGGGUGUUUGAGUUCGAUUCCCGUUCUGGUCGGGGGAAUUUUUCGUCAAAGAAAUUUCCUCCGACUUGCACUGUGAUCACGCGUAUUCUAGAGCUUGCCACUCAAAAUGCAUUCAAGGCGUGUUAUUUGGCAUAGAAAUCUCAACUAAGUACUAAUAAAAAUGACGCAAGUAAUACUACGUUGAGACGGCGAAGUUCCUCUAGGAACGUUAGUGCCAUUGAAGAAGAAGAAGAACAUGGUUGCUACUGUCCAAGCGUGCAAUCUGGAAGAGUACCUUUACAACAUUACUUUGCUGCAAGAACUAGUGGAUCGUUUGCCUCCAAUGAUCAAAUUAAAUUGGGCUAUGCAUCGUCAGGCGCAGAACCAAGUAUCACUAGGUUACUUUAGCGAAUGGCUUAACAGCUUAGCGGAUGCAGCUAGCACUGUGUCAAUUCCCUCGUCGACCACAUUUACUGAAACGAAGCCAAGGCGCGGUCGAAAGGAUGAUGGUUUCCUGAAUUCACACCAUGAAACAAACCGAAAGCAGGUCAGCGAAAAGCAAUAUACAACAUGCUGCAUAUGCGAUGGAACCUGUGCUUCAGUAGUGAACUGCAAGAAGUUCUUGAAUUUUGAUCACACUACGCGAUGGCAGAAUGUGAGAGAGUGCAAACUUUGCCGAUGUUGCCUCAAAAAACAUAAAGGAUUUUGCAGAUCCAAAAACGAAUGCGGAAUUAAUGAGUGUACCAGUAAACACCAUCAGUUGUUGCAUAACAAUGCACCGUUUAAACCACGAACGCCACGGUCUCCAAAUUCCGGGCAGACUGCUGCGACAUCACAGCCGAGUACCACGUCAAUUGUUGAGCACAAUUGUAAUAUUCAUCGCAGCGACGGUACGGAAGUUCUUUUUCGAUAUGUACCUGUAAUAUUGCAC